UUAUUAUUAUUAUUAUUAUAAUUGCUAUUAAAAUAAAUAUUUAUCAUUCAACCAUCCCUAUUAUGUUUUCAAGUUCAGUUCAUUUGAGUAUUAUUAUAUAUUAAGGUUUCAUAGCUAAGGUGGUGUCAGUGUUGAAGUGUGUCCCUCUUCCAUAGAUCUGUAAAAAGAACAAUGGGAAGCACAAGUUUGAUAUAUCUACUAUGUCUUGCUCUUGCAUUAGUAAAUGUGUCUCUAGUGAAAGCAGAAGAUCCAUAUAAGUUCUACACAUGGACUGUCACCUAUGGAACUCUUUCUCCUCUUGGUGUUCCUCAACAAGUUAUUCUGAUUAAUGGUCAGUUUCCUGGUCCUAGACUUGAUUUGGUAACUAAUGACAAUGUGAUUCUCAACCUUGUCAACAAGCUAGAUGAGCCAUUUCUACUCACAUGGAAUGGCAUUAAACAAAGGAAAAAUUCAUGGCAAGAUGGAGUUUUGGGGACCAACUGUCCCAUUCCUCCAAACUCAAAUUAUACAUACAAGUUUCAGACCAAGGAUCAGAUUGGAACUUACACAUAUUUUCCAUCAACUAAAAUGCAUAAAGCUUCUGGAGGUUUUGGAGGACUUAAUGUUUAUCAUAGAUCUGUCAUCCCAAUCCCUUAUCCAAAUCCGGAUGGAGAUUUCACUCUACUCAUUGGUGAUUGGUACAAGACCAGCCACAAGAUAUUGAGUCAAUCCUUAGAUUCUGGAAAAUCUAUUGGUUUUCCUGAUGGCCUCCUUAUCAAUGGUCAGGUUCAUUCUACCUUCACUGGUGACCAAGGAAAAACCUAUAUGUUCAGGAUCUCAAAUGUAGGUUUGUCAACCUCAAUUAACUUUAGAAUUCAGGGUCAUAAGCUAAAACUAGUUGAGGUUGAAGGAUCGCAUACUAUCCAAAAUGUAUACGAUUCGCUCGACGUGCAUGUUGGCCAAUCAGUUGCUGUGUUAGUAACCUUAAAUCAGGUUCCAAAGGACUAUUACAUUGUUGCCUCAACAAGAUUUACUCAGACAGUUCUCAACACAACUGCAGUGUUACACUAUACAAACUCUCAUUCUCCAGCAUUAGGACCCUUGCCUGCUCCCCCUGUGGACAAAUACGACUGGUCUAUGAAACAAGCUAUAACUUACAGGUGGAAUUUGACAGCUAAUGCUGCUAGGCCUAACCCACAAGGGUCAUUCCAUUAUGGGAACAUAACUCCAACUAGAAGAAUAAAUUUAGCAAAUUCAGCACCAUUGAUCAAUGGAAAGCUACGUUAUGCAGUUAAUAGUGUCUCUUAUGUUAACCCUGUUACACCUCUUAAGCUUGCUGAUUACUUCAACAUUUCUGGAAUCUUCAGUGAUAAUUCAAUUCAAAGCAAUCCCUCUAAUGGUCCUGCAUAUAUAGCUACUUCAGUUUUGAAAACUUCUCUUCAUGAUUUUAUUGAGGUUGUUUUCCAAAACAAUGAAAACACCAUGCAAUCUUGGCAUCUUGAUGGUUAUGAUUUUUGGGUCAUUGGUUAUGGUUUUGGCCAAUGGACAGAUGCCAGUAGAAAUACCUAUAAUCUAGUUGAUGCUCUGACUAGACACACUGCACAGGUGUAUCCAAACUCUUGGACAACAAUAUUGGUAUCAUUGGAUAACCAAGGAAUGUGGAAUUUGAGAUCAGCCAUAUGGGAAAGACAAUAUCUUGGACAACAGUUGUAUUUGAGGGUGUGGAAUGCACAGCGUACAGCAGCCAAUGAAUAUGACAUUCCUAGUAAUGCUUUGCUUUGUGGCAAAGCAUUGGAACAUCAUCUUUAGAUUAUACAUUUUUCAACCAUUUAUUGUUGCUGUUUUUUUUUUAGUCAUGAGAGCUUGACUACAAUUAGAAUUUCUUUUUUUAAAGAAAAAUAUAUAGGAUUUUAGGGGGAGAAGUUAAUUUCUCAAGUUUCUAUCAGUCUUAACUAUAUUUGAGAAAAUUCUUGUAUUGAAUUUUCAUUGCCAAUUUAUUUUUCAACAAUUUAUUCUUAUA